CAAAAAGAAAAGAAAAUAAACAAACAAACAAAUAGAAAAGAAAAUCCCUCUGCAACCAUUUUUAUUUACAUUUUUAAUUUUUUUUAUUUGAAUUAUGUUCUACGACAGUUGACCUAAUUUGAAUCCCCAUACUGAAGAAGAAGAAGAAGAAGAAGAAAGAACACCAAAAAAAAAACUUCAGUAAAUCGUAAAAACAGAUACUUUAGUGAAGAGGGAGAGGCAAAGAGGUGAAUCAAAAUGGGGAAUUCAUUUGGGUGCUCAGCUUCAGGGGAGAGAUUAGUGUCGGCGGCGAGAGAUGGGGAUUUAGAAGAAGCUAAGAUGCUUUUGAAUUGCAAUCCAUGUCUCGCUAAAUAUUCCACUUUCGGUGGCCUUAAUUCUCCUCUUCAUUUCGCUGCUGCUAAAGGCCACAAUGAGAUUGUUGCUUUAUUGCUCGAGAAUGGAGCUGAUGUUAACUCCAGGAAUUACUGUGGACAGACGGCAUUGAUGCAAGCAUGUAGAUAUGGGCGCUGGGAAGUUGUACAAACCCUUCUGCUUUUCAGAUGCAAUGUUACGAGAGCAGAUUAUCUAAGUGGGAGAACGGCUCUACAUUUUGCUGCUGUAAAUGGACAUGUAAGAUGCAUAAGACUAGUUGUUGCUGAUUUUGUUCCUAGUGCUUCUUUUGAAGCUAUAAACACCCAAAUAGAAUGUGAAAGAGGGGAUUCUGGUGUGAAGAACAAAAAUGAUCAGAGUGCAUUGUCAAGGUUUGUGGAUAAGGCAGCCGAUGGUGGGAUUACUGCUCUUCAUAUGGCUGCAUUAAAUGGGUAUUUUGAUUGUGUACAACUUUUAUUAGACCUUCAAGCCAAUGUCUCUGCGGUCACAUUUCAUUUUGGAACAUCAGUGGAUUUGAUAGGGGCUGGAAGCACUCCUUUGCAUUAUGCUGCUUGUGGGGGAAACUUGAAAUGCUGCCAGAUCCUUCUAGCAAGAGGAGCCAGUAGAAUGACUUUGAAUUGCAACGGGUGGCUGCCGCUUGAUGUUGCCAGGAUGUGGGGUCGUCAUUGGCUUGAGCCCUUGUUGGCACCUAAUUCCGACUCAACUAUACCAAGAUUUCCUUUAUCCAACUACUUGUCCUUGCCUCUUUUGAGUGUACUCAACAUAGCAAGAGAAUGUGGGUUGCAGUCCUCAACAACCUCCUCGGAUGAUGUCGAUACUUGUGCCGUCUGCCUUGAGAGAGCAUGUAGUGUUGCUGCUGAAGGGUGCGGGCAUGAGUUAUGCGUAAGGUGUGCACUCUAUCUAUGCUCAACAAGCCACAUUCCGUCCAACAUGGUUGCCCCAACAGGUUCUAUUCCAUGCCCUCUCUGUAGACACGGCAUCCUCUCAUUUGUCAAGUUGCCGAGUUCGCCAAUAAAAGAAAUCAAGCUACAGCUUUCCUUCGGCCUAUGUACACCAUGCAUGCUUCAUCCCCGUGAUGCAGAUUGCCCAUCACCAACUUCAGAGAUCAGAAAGAAUCGUGUUUCAUCGGUCUCUUCAGACAUUUUCUGUCCAGUUACCUGUAGCCCAUUUCCUUCUGUCGCCAUCCCUUUAUGCACCUGCAACGACAGUCCUUGCCCCUCUUUCGAACAUCGAGAGACAACAGCAGAAACACAAGAAGAAUCCCCCAGACGUUCACAAGCAACAUCUAUAGAACAGGAUAAACUUGAAGGACCGAGACUAGAGAGAACAACCUGUUCAAGCAUGUUUUGGGGCAGAAGGAGCUGUAGUAGAGAGCAUCAAUGCAAUUCAGAAAUAAAUGCUUGAUUUGGUUUUUCUUCCAUUGUUUGAUCUUUAUGUUCUACAAAAAAAAAAAAAAAAAGGUCUUGGGUUCCAUUUAUAUCACAAUGGGGUUUUUGGGUUGUAUUAUGUAAUUAUUACGAGUUGAAAUUUAUUUAGUGUUAAAUCUUAUAAAAA